UCCACCUAAAAAAUAAAAGCACUGAAAAUGUUGACCGGUUUUCGUUAAUAAACGUUUAACUUUAUUAAUUAAAGUGUUCGUAGUUGGUGUUGCAACACAAAAAAAUGCUUGAAGGGACUACGAAGGUGGUGGCCCCCACGGUGGAGCAAAUCAACGCCGACCGAAUAACCGAGCUUGCUGAUAAAUACUGGGCCCCGAAUACCACCCACAAUGAAGAAAGCUUCGAUUCUAGCGUUGUGGAAGACAUCUACAUGCAAGACAUCCGCGGCAGCAAUUUUUCGAUUCGAAGAAUCAUGGUAUUGGAGUUUAGCCAGUACAUGGAGAAUUACUUAUGGCCGAACUACAAACCAGGAGCUUCGUAUGCACACAUGCUAUCCAUUGUUAAUAUGGUAAAUGAGAAAUUCCGAGAGCGCGUGCAAGUGUGGCAGGCGUUUCGGAAAAACCCCGCUCACUUUCCUGAUUUUUUCCAACAAGUUCUCAAAGGGUUGCUAGAAGACGAAUUAAUCAUUAAUUUAAAGGAGCAAACUUCGCUGCUUGUGUUUCUCAAUCAUUGCUUUAACAGCAUGGAGGACGCUUUGUGCAGAGAUCAGGUUAAACGUCUGGUGUCUUUGUCCAUGUGGGUGUCUUUACAACCCGGCCGGCGUGAUUACGAAUUCAAAAAGAACCCCAAGUGGCGUAAAUACUGGAAAGCUAUUCAAAAAAAAGAUAAACCAGAGGAGUUGGAGAAGUUGACGUGGGAACGCACGUUUUUACACAGUUUGAUGUUGAAAUUUAUGAGUAUUCUUGAUACUAUUGAUGAAGAGGGGAUUUGUCCCGCCGAUAAAAUUCACUAUUGUGAACGGUUUCUUGAAUUGGUGACGGAUUUGGAGGCGCUUCUUCCCACUAGGAGGUUCUUUAACACGGUUUUGGAUGAUUGUCAUUUAGUGGUGAGGUGUCAGCUAUCAGCGCUCGUGAGGCGACCUGAAGGACACUUAUUCAGUCAGCUCCUCGACAUGCUCAAGUUUUACGCACGAUUCGAGAUAAGUGACGAAACAGGGGAUCCCCUCACCGACCACGACAUGACACAAUUGCACUAUUCAAAAAUUACUUCACUCCAGAAAGCCGCAUUCGCUAAAUUCCCAGACUUGCGUAACUUCGCUUUGGCCAACGUCGCCAGCGUUGACACCCGCAAGGCGCUUCUGAAGCACUUCGGGCCGUUAAGUCGAGAUAAGCUGAGGCUUAUCGCUACGUACUUAAAGUUGGUGCCUGCGCCAGAGGAAGAAAAGGAGAUUGAUUGGUGUAGGCUGGAUGAGGAGUUUUUGCGCGAACUUUUGAUUUCGAGGCACGAAAAAAGGACUUCGCAGUUGGAGGCUUUGAAUGAAAUGCCGUUGUAUCCUACUGAGGACGUCAUCUGGGACGAAAAUGUGGUACCAACGGCGUAUUUUUCGGGAGAGGGGUGUUUGGCUCUCCCGAAACUUAAUUUGCAGUUUCUCACUCUACACGACUACCUUUUGAGAAAUUUCAACCUGUUUCGAUUAGAGUCGACGUAUGAAAUUCGACAAGACAUCGAAGACGCCGUCAGCCGCCUAUGUCCAUGGAAAGCCGAAGAUGGUACCGUCUAUUGGGGCGGCUGGGCGCGCAUGGCCCAGCCCAUCCUCAGCUUCGCGGUGGUAGAGGUGGCCAAACCCAACAUCGGCGAGAAAAGGCCGAGCCGAGUCCGUGCCGACGUCACCGUUAACCUCUCCGUGCGUCCCGAAAUCAAAUCCGAGUGGGAAAACCUGCGCAAACACGACGUUUGCUUCCUAAUCUCGGUCAAGCCUCCGAAUCCCAUUGGUACCAAGUACGACUAUAAACAACCCUUCAUACCUCAGGUGGGUCUGCACAGCGUCCGAGGGUGCGAAAUCGAGGGGAUGCUGGACACUAACGGGCGCGUAAUCGAGGACGGUCCUGAGCCCAGACCGGUGCUCCCGGGGGAUAAAAGGACGUACAGGGUGUGGCUGGACUGCAACCAAUACAGAGACGACAUGAAUAACACGAAUCAAGGGAAGGAGGACGUCUACGAGGAGUUUAAUAUUUUGAUGAGGCGCAAACCCAAAGAGAACAAUUUUAAGGCGGUGCUUGAAACGAUUAGGGAGUUGAUGAAUACGGAGUGCGUCGUUCCGGAUUGGCUGCACGAUAUUAUUUUGGGGUACGGCGAUCCAAGCGCCGCCCAUUACUCGAAGAUGCCCAACCCAUACACGACUAUGGACUUUAACGACAGUUUCAUAGACAUGGAUCAUCUGCGUUCGUGCUUCCCGGGUUACAAAAUAAAAGUCAAAACUGACGACCCCAAGAAGCUGGUGCGACCUUUUAGACUCACUUUCGGGGAUUUGGGGACUAAUCAAGAAGGGAAAAGUUUGACGGUCGAGCCUUAUAUUACCCCGAAACGUGGACCUUAUCAUUUCAACGAACCCAAAAGGAAUACUAUCCCGUUUACACCUACACAAAUCGAGGCUAUCAAAUCCGGGAUGCAACCGGGUUUGACCCUCGUUGUGGGUCCUCCAGGAACCGGCAAAACGGACGUCGCAGUCCAGAUAAUCUCCAACAUUUAUCACAACUUCCCCAAUCAGCGGACCUUGAUUGUCACCCAUUCUAACCAAGCGCUUAACCAGCUCUUCGAGAAGAUCGUAGCUCUGGAUAUAGAUGAGCGUCAUCUGUUGCGUCUGGGUCACGGCGAAGAGGCUUUAGAAACCGAGAAAGAUUUCAGUCGCUACGGUCGCGUCAACUAUGUCUUAGCCAAGCGUUUGGACCUCCUCAUGGAAGUACAAAAGCUCCAGGAAUCGCUGGAGGUGAAAGGAGACGUGGCGUACACUUGCGAGACCGCUGGACAUUUCUACUUGUACCAGAUCUUGUCCAGAUGGGAGAAUUACCAAAGCAUUGUUAGACCCAAACGUCAGCAGGUGGUAGCCAUCGAGAAGGUUAAUAGUGACUUUCCGUUCCACAAGUUCUUCGCCGACGCCCAACCUCUCUUCAAAGCAAAGAGCUUCGACGAGGACUUGGAAGUGGCUGAGAGUUGCUUCAGGUACAUCGAACACAUCUUCAAAGAGUUGGAGGAAUUCCGCGCGUUCGAGCUUCUGCGGUCGGGUUUAGACCGUUCGAAGUACCUUUUGGUUAAAGAAGCCAAAAUAAUCGCGAUGACGUGUACCCACGCUGCCCUAAAACGUAAAGAACUAGUGGAGAUGGGGUUCAAAUACGACAACAUUCUAAUGGAAGAAGCAGCCCAGAUUCUGGAAAUAGAGACCUUCAUUCCACUUUUGCUCCAGAACCCUCAGGAUGGCUAUAAUCGUUUGAAACGGUGGAUUAUGAUUGGGGAUCAUCAUCAGUUACCUCCGGUGAUUAAGAACAUGGCGUUCCAGAAGUAUUCCAACAUGGAGCAGAGCCUUUUCACCCGGUUGGUCCGUCUGGGGGUACCCACAGUGGAUUUGGAUGGACAAGGUCGAGCCAGACCUAGUAUAUGUAAUUUGUACAAGUGGCGGUACAAAAAUCUCGGGAAUUUGAACCACGUGGAGAACUGGUCCGAGUAUCGAACCGCCAACGCCGGCUUCGGCUACGACUUCCAGUUAGUCGACGUUCAGGAUUUCAACGGAGUGGGGGAAUCAGAGCCGAGUCCCUACUUUUACCAGAAUCUAGCGGAGGCGGAGUAUUGCGUCGCCGUUUUCAUGUACAUGAGACUGAUUGGGUACCCCGCCCACAAAAUCACUAUCUUGACGACGUACAACGGGCAGAAACACCUCAUUCGGGACGUUAUUAACACCAGGUGUGCCAACAAUCCUCUGAUCGGGAGACCGCAUAAAGUAACCACCGUGGAUAAGUAUCAAGGGCAACAAAACGACUUUAUUUUGUUGUCGUUGGUGAGGACCAAAGCUGUGGGUCACUUGAGGGAUGUAAGGCGACUGGUGGUAGCGAUGUCCCGUGCCAGACUGGGGUUGUACGUCUUCGCAAGGGUGGCUUUGUUCAAGAACUGCUUCGAAUUGACCCCGGCUUUCGAUUAUUUGACGCAAAGACCGGUUAAUUUGAACUUGGUGGUGAAUGAAGCGUAUCCCGCUACUAGGUACAACAACCAGAAGCCACAGGGUGAAGUACUGGUGGUUCAAGAUAUGACCCACAUGGCCAACUUUGUGUAUUCGUUCUACAUGGAACGGGUGAAGCAAGUGAAGGAUUACUAUGAGCAAGCGCAGAAGUGGACGAAACCGGGCGACUGCGAAGUCAAGGAGCACGAGUAUUUCGUGUCGGUGCACCCGGGGGAAGAUCGGGAUACUGACAGCGAGGACGAAAGGGAAGAGGAAGAAGAAGGGAGACAAUUGCCUGUGCCUAUUCAAGACGAACCGCUGGAAGCAGAAGACGUUGAAAUGGAAAAGGAAGAGAGGGAGGAGGUUAGGGAUACGGGGGAAGUCGAGAAUGACGAGUAAUUUAAUAAAGUUUUUUUGUAAAUUUA